UUCAUAAAACAAUUUAUUCACCGAACUUAAAUUAAAUUACUAUUUACAUUUAUAUAUAUAUAUAUAUAUAUAUAUAUCGGUGCGAGUCAUUUGGUCGAAGGCCAUUUGGUCGAAGGUUUAGUGAUCGAAAAAAAGCGAUCGAAAUGUCAUGUGAUCGAAUCUUUUUUUGGUCGAAAAACAGAUGAUCGAAUAUUUUAUUAAUAUAGUCGAAAUAUUUUGUGGUCGAAUGGGUUUUUUGGUCGAAGUAAAGAGUAUUAAAGUAUUUUGAACAUUCAUACAUAAUGGGUAAACAAGUUAUGAAAACAAGAGGAAGACCAAGAAGAGAAUCAGUUUACACACCUCCACUUUUCCCUCCAGAAUUAUGGUCUGUAGCUGAAAGGUUAUCAUCAGGAUUGCCCAGGACGACAAAUACGGCAGAAUCCUGGCAUAGAAAAUUAAAUAGAUUAAUAUCGCCACAUCCAGGACUGCAUAAAUUAAUCAAAACCUUACAAUCUACUCAGAACGAAACUGAAUCAGUAAUUGAGAUGUUACUUUAUGGACGUAGUAAUAAAAAAAUGAAAAUUCAAGUACAAUCGCACAAUAUACGCUUAAAAGAAGUGCAACAAAGACUAUUAGCUGAUCCGGGUUAUGAUUUAUUAGAGUAUUUAAGAGGAAUAGCUCAAAAUUUAAAGUUUUAAUUACUCAUUAUAUUAUAAUAUUUAUACUAAUACUUAUAAGUUAUAUUUUAUAACAAAUUUUUUCUACGUUAUACUACCUACUUAAAUUAAUUUUAUAUUAUAAUUUAUGUUUUUUUUUUUAAAAUAAUUAACACAAAAUAUAUAUUUUUCGACCAUGACAAAUUUCGAUUACAUAACAUUUCGAUCAUUUGCAUUUUCGAUAUUAUAUUUUUCGAUCAAGAAAGUGUUCGACCAGAUACCUUUUCGGUCACUUUUUUUCGAUCACUAGACUUUCGGCCACUAGAUUUUCGGUCAGACAACCCCCACCCAUAUAUAUAUAUAUAUAUAUGUAUAUACAUACAAAUAAAGUUAGUAUAGUUACAGAAGCAGUAAGAUGCUAUUAUAGAUA